AGCUUUGCCCUGACUCUUGAAGCUGAUUUGAUUGGCUCCUACAAUCACGUGAAUGGUGACGGCUAAGGAGCCGAGGUAUAGCGCACGGUCUAUACUGAAUUCCGCAACUCGAUCAUGAUUCAAUACUCCUCUAUGUGGUCAACUUCAAAGGCUUCAGAAGCGCCAAAAGGAUGUAGAAGUCAGCCAUGAAAUAAAUCCAAUAUAAUUCCAAUAUCUAUGAAGUCAUUGUCUGAAUUGUUACAUAAUUCACUAUACAGCGAGAAUCUAGCAAGUUUAUAUAUUGGUUUCUGGAAUUAUAUUCCCCGAAGUUGAUCAUCCUUAUAUCAAACGUUGCUACUUCCCCGCAUUUACAAUGGUUGCAACUCAUCAUCUCGCGGCCCCUAUUCCCACCGAACUUCCCGACCUUGAAUCUGAUGAAUACUUCUCUGAAGUACAAUGGCAGGUCCUGUACGCGUUGGUUGACGCCGUUAUCCCGUCAAUUGUUGCCGAGCCAAGCGCGAUAGACCGGAAUGCCCAGCUGUGCAUUUCCCAGUCUCAGUACGACGAAGCUUACGAGCACACUGAAAGAUCUCUAAAGUUUCCACCGGACCCGCAGAAAUUUCGCCAGUAUAUGGAAGCGAGCCCGUUGGACAACCUACGAUUUACGCGACUGCUCAAACGUACCAUACAGGGUGUCCCGCUCACCAAUCGUAGACAACUAGGGCGUAUCCUGAACAUAAUAGCGACUCGUCCAGGCAGUCUGGCUGCGACGGGCUACUAUACUCCUUUACACGAACAGCCAGUUCACGUAAGAGAAUCAAUCAUCCAAGCAUGGAACCAGUCUUGGGUUAGUGCUUGGCCAUUUCUGGCGAAGACUAUUACCAAGUUAGCUCGGGUAUGUUUUGCGAAGACAGACCCCUUGCUACACGAAAUUAGUGACUAUAGGGAUGUUGUCGACAACUAUAGACCUGGGCCGUCAUUUGACUUCAAUUUCAUGCAAUUCGAAGCUGGAGCUGAGCCUGAAACUGUCGAGACCGACGUCGUGAUCGUGGGCUCCGGCUGUGGAGGAGCUGUAUGCGCCAAGGUCCUUGCUGAGGCUGGUCACAGAGUUAUCGUUGUUGAUAAGGGUUACUACUUCCCCCCUUCACGACUACCAAUGACCGUUGAAGCAGCCCACGAAUACCUCUACGAGGGUGGUCCUGCACUAACCGCUGACGGUUCUACUAACGUCAUUGCGGGGAGUUGCUGGGGAGGAGGCGGGACCGUGAACUGGAGUGUGUGCCUGCAGCCUCAGGGUUAUUUACGGCAGGAAUGGGCAAACGAGGGACUAGGCUUUUUCACCACACAGGAGUUCCAGAAUUGUCUUGAUCGCGUGUGUGAUUUCAUGGGUGUCAGCGAUGCUCAUAUACGACAUAAUCACGGAGCGAAGGUUAUCCUCGAGGGUGCAACAAAGCUUGGCUGGUCCGCUAAGCCAUGCCCUCAAAAUACCGGGGGCGCCGAGCAUUAUUGUGGUCGUUGUUCACUUGGCUGCGGAUCCGGCGAGAAGCGGGGCACGGCUGUAAGCUGGCUUCCGGCUGCCGGCAAGGCAGGCGCCAAGUUCAUCGAAGGAUUUAGAGCCUCUGAAAUACUCUUUGAGGGCGCAGGCGGCUCUAAGAAGGCAGUCGGAGUGCUAGGGGCAUGGACGUCACGAGACGAGGAAGGGAAUGUCCAAAAACCGGAGUCUGAAAGGACCCAAAGACAACUUCGAAUCAAAGCGAAGAAAGUGAUUGUAGCUUGCGGCACGUUCCACAGUCCGUUGCUAUUGAUGAGAAGUGGACUGAAGAAUCCCCAUAUUGGCAAAAAUCUCCACAUACAUCCCGUUAGUCAUCUCAAUGCCACUUUUGACAAGGACAUCAAAGGUUGGGAAGGCAGUAUCUUGACUAGUGUGUGUACCAGCUUUGAAAAUCUCGACGGUAAAGGGCACGGGGUGAAACUUGAGCCGAGUAGCAUGAUUCCAGAUAUGUUUCUGUUCGAACAUCCAUGGCGGAGCGCUCUUCAGUACAAGCUUGAUGCGCUUCGCUGCCGACAAAUGAAUACCUAUAUCUCCAUAGCCCGGGAUCGCGACACCGGCCGCGUGUAUCCGGAUCCAGAUGACGGGCGGCCUAUUAUCGAUUACCACCCAUCAGCCUUCGACCGCAAGCAUAUACUAGCCGGUAUCAUCGCCCUAGCAAAGAUGUGCUACAUCCAAGGCGCGACCGAAAUAUGGCCUUUUGUCCAUAGCGUACCAUCGUUUGUACGACGUUCUAAACCAACCGGCCCUACCACGGAAAGGGGCGAAGACGACGACAUCGAUCAAGGCAUCAACGACCCUGAUUUUGUUGCUUGGAUCGACAAGCUAGAGCGCACCGGGCUCAGCGCCCCGGACGCGACGUUCACUUCGGCGCAUCAGAUGGGCACUAAUCGCAUGAGCGCGCACCCGUCCCGCGGCGUCGUCGACCCAGAAGGUAGAGUCUGGGAGGCGCAAAACCUGUACGUGGGUGACGCGAGUGUCUUUCCAUCUGCGAGCGGUGUCAACCCUAUGAUAACCAACAUGGCCAUCGCAGAUUGGAUUGCCAGGGGGAUCUCGCGAGACUUGAAGAAAGAUGAUCGACUUCGCGCCGCUUUGUGAAAUGUCUGACUUCGAGGGAGGAAGUGGCUUGAAAUUUAACCCUGGAAAAGUCAUGGAAAGUAUACAUCAUUGUGUCAGUCAUUACAGCCUAUAUUUGAUUCUCUCCGGACAUACAUGAUUGUGUGUAGGUAUACAUACUUAGGUAUCUUAGAAGUAGGUGUAUUCCUUACACAAUGUAAACCUACCUCUUAGUGAGUACCUACUUAGCUUCCCUCUUUCAACUCUAGGGAACUUUUAAAUUUUACGCGCGUAGACAGAAGGUCCCGAGUCUUUCAGGUCAUACCGAUUUGUGUAAUUCUCAAUCCUCACAUAUGACAAUAGCAUCCCGCAUGUACCACAAAGUCUCACUUACCUAGGUGAACAUGUAAUUUGACAGGUCUGACUCGCUAGGUAAGACUUUCAUCGGCCUAAGUGCUACAUAAGGAGCUAGAUUAAAUAUCAGCUCGCCGUUCGGUCUAUUUACUCUCUUUGACAUAGCGCUUUGCCACCGGCGUUGGAGAGUGAGAUUUCCC